AUGUUAUUUCUUUUAGCCAAAAUUGGACCAAUUUCGGUCGGAGUUGGUGCAAAUCAUUGGAGAGAGUACACAGACGGUAUUUAUAACAAAACAGAUUGCGGACCACAUUCACAUGCAGUUCUUGCUGUAGGAUAUACUGAUGAAUACAUUCUCAUUAAAAAUUCAUGGGGGAGCAGUUGGGGAGAAGAUGGAUACAUAAAACUAGCUAGAGGAAGUAAUAUUUGUGGUAUUAACGACUUUACUUUGUAUCCAAUUUUAUAA